AUGAAAGCCCGCACGGCGGCUCUGCUUGCUGCUGAAGAAGCUGAAUCCAGGUCUCGUUCGCCUGAGGCCUCGGGUAUGCGUGGAGCGAUUAGCAAGCCUACUGCUGGGGGCGCUACUGCCGGAGCUGCAUUCGGUGCUGCUAGUAGAAUCGAUGAUUCCGACAUGUCUACUGUCGGUGAACCAGAGAAACCAUUGAGUAAAAAGAAACAAAAACUUUUGAAUCGGCCAAGCGUGGCGGCUCUUAAGCAGGCUGUGGCUAGACCUGACGUUGUUGAGAUGUGGGAUGUUUGUGCUCGUGAUCCUCUUCUCUUGGUUUACCUUAAAUCCUAUCGCAACACCGUGCCUGUCCCAAGACAUUGGUGUGCCAAGCGGAAGUAUCUUCAGGGAAAAAGAGGUUUUGAAAAGCCUCCCUUCCGUUUGCCCGAUUUCAUCGCGAGAACUGGGAUCAUGGAGAUGCGUCAAACAGUCCAAGAUAAAGACUCUGAGAAGACGCUCAAGUCUAAGAUGCGGGAGAAGAUUCGACCCAAAGUUGGCAAAGUGGACAUAGAUUAUCACAAGCUACAUGAUGCCUUCUUUAAAUAUCAAACGAAGCCAAAAAUGACGCGCCACGGAGACCUUUAUUAUGAGGGCAAGGAGUUCGAAGUAAAGCUAAAAGAGAAGAAACCUGGAGUACUUUCAGAGGAGUUGAAGACUGCUCUCGGACUACCUCUUGGCGUCGGCAGCGAGCGCUAUCCUCCACCUUGGCUCAUUGCUAUGCAGCGCUAUGGACCGCCUCCCUCCUACCCUAACCUCAAGAUACCUGGACUAAAUGCAUCAAUUCCCGAUGGAUGUGCUUUCGGUUAUCAUCCCGGUGGCUGGGGAAAACCGCCAGUCGAUGAGUUAGGCCGGCCGAUAUACGGGGAUGUUUUUGGCAAUGGAGGAAACAUUGCUGGCGUGCCGCCUCCACCUCCCACUCCGAUAACGGAAGUUGAUCAAGAAAUGGGUAAGUUGAGGUUGCAUCUCACGAGUUUAAUAUUAAAUGGAAGUAAAAAAAUGUCUUUAUUUCCACUUGUAAUUUGGUAA